AGUUUGCCGGCAUCAACGCAGCGGUGUAGCGGUGCAGCGAUUGAAUUUAUGUUGUGAUAGUGCCGUCAACAAUAUCGGUCGGUGCUCCCCACAGCCUUUCGACAUCAUUUGUGUCUGUCCGUGGAACUGCGACUUCGUCGCCAACAACAGCACGGUUCUGCGUUUCGAAAACUGUGGUAUGGAACAAAGCAAGGCGUACCCUUUGGCGGGUUUCGCUUACGACUGGGACUGGAGGCCUCUGGAAUUCGACAGUCCGCCGAAUCCGUUGAAGGUAUGUUCCUCGUGCUGCGUCAUUCCCAGGGAGGUUCGAGUGCUGCCUUGUCGACACGCCCUGUGCGACACAUGCUACCAAAGAGCUGAGAGGCGCUGCCCCAUGGACCGGGAAACCUUCGAUGAGGGCCAAGUCGAACGUCUCUCCACGUCUCUGGAAGACGUGGCAGACCGCCUGGUCUGGUGCUGGAACCGUCGACACGGCUGCACUUUCAAAGGGAUGCUCGUCGAUAUGGUGAACCAUUUUUACUCAAAGUGUCCCUCCCAUGUCGUGCAGUGCUUCAAGUGCUACGCAUCUGUUCAGCGAGCGGACAUGGCAAUGCACAACGUGAAGUGCAGCAGCGACGCUGUUCAAUCGGAGAAAAAUGCGUCGUCGGCAGACGCGGCUCUGAGACGCCACUUCGAAGAAGUCCGCAGGGAAGUUGGAGGUUCGCUGAUGUACAUCGCCGACUUCAUGUGCAACAUGGAAAGCAAGCUCAAUUCCCUGUCUGAAUACCUUCAUGACGACACCGUCAAGAAUGCGGAAGUGCGCUCGACAGUUGUGGACGUCCUGAGAUAUGCGGGGCGUCUGGCAGUAACAAAGACGUGGCGCCCUCGAGAGCUGUCCCUUUUGGUAAGCCGGGUGGACUAUUACUCCAGGAUCGCAGACUACAGAGAGGAAAUUUUCAGCGUCCCGUCAGAAGUGUGUGGAUACUCGCUGAGACUGGGCGUGAGCUGCCAGCGGGACAACGGCAAGCUCACGCUGGACUUCAUGGUGCAGUUCUGUAAGAGUUCCAUGGACCCGUGCCUCGGAUGGCCGUUCAGCAAGGCGUUCACGCUCGCGCUGGUUAACCCACGGGGAUCGUCGGGCGACAUCCUCUGCACCGUGAACGCGUCGGCUCUGCGUCGCGAGUCAGCUUUUGAAAUGCCCGGAUAUGGCGACAAUCCGCCGUUCACGUUGGUUAGCUCCGUUCCCGUGCUCGAUAAGAAAGCGUAUUGGCGUAGAGGCACACUGGAAAUCCGCUUCGAGAUAAAGCUGUCAGACGCGUAGCUCACUGCACCCUGAAGAUAAAACCUUUGUAAACAGCUAGCAUAGAUUUUUCUUUUUAUUUUCAAUGCUGAAAGCGCUGU